AUGCCUUACUUCCCAACCAGCACGCUCUCGCCACUACGGCCAGGCUCCUGGCCGGCCUCGCCCGGUCGUCCUACUACUCCCCAGCUGGACGAGGAUGAGUUCACCGACGAGGAUGACCUCGACAUGCCGCUAUUGCAGCGAGACCCUCUAAGGUACUUUCUCACCCCGGCCACACCCGAGGACGAGGACCUCGAGUUCCAGUUCGACUUUGAUGCUGGUAUCGAAGAUGCAAACAAGCCGCAAGAGAUCAUUCGCAGCGUGAGCCCAUCCACCCUCGAUGGUCUCAAGUCAUACAAGGCCAAGGGCAAGGGUGACAAAAAGAACAACAACAGCCAACAUGACUGUGCCAUCCUCGAUAGCGACUCGGACGAUGACGAGGACUAUGUUCGCUUCCGGCCCAGCAAGUCACUCCCGCUUGGUCUUCCCGACCUUGGCAUCGAGAGGCCCAGAUCGGCCGGCGCCUCACCCGGCAGCGGCAGCAGUCUCGAGUCCAUGCUAUCGCCAGACUCAUUCCACGUGGGCUCGCUGCGCGGUCGACCCUCUAAGCGGUUUGCGCCACCGCCGUCUCGACGUACGUUUGGCCACACCCGGUCGCGGAGCGUGCCCCUGCUACGCCGACACUCGUGGCGCGAGCCUAGCCCCGAUGUCUGGUCUAUCGAGGAGGAGCCCGAGAAGGAGACACUGAGCGAGCGGGGCCUCAGCACCGAGGACUUGGAGGCAUACUUCCAGGAGCACAAGACGGCUCCCAUGCAGAUCCCUACCGUCGCGGGCAAGCCGAUCAAGAAGGUCCGCUUUGUGCUGCCAGGCAGGGAAUCUUACCACUAA